GGCACGGUCACACUUCGAACGGAAUGUAAAGAAAAACUACAAAAAUUUGACAAUUUUUUUUAUUUAUUUAGCUAAAGCAUUAUAAUGCAAGGACCUAAGUGUUAAUUAUGUGUUGUCCCAGUGUCUGCGAGCAAUAUGCGCGUGCUUGUCAUGCCUAACACUAGCGAACCAGCAAAUUAUAUGUGACGAAAUUCCAUAAACAAUUCAGCGUGCGCUCGGUGACAUGCGGUAAACUGCCUAUUAUGCGCCAGUGGCCACGGAGCCCACAGGAAACCCAAAAACCAUGUGGCCCAGCUGCCGCCUCCACGCCGCGCUGCUCAUCCUGGCAGUGCUGGCGUGCCCAACUAGCAGUCAACAAGUUCCUCUGGCCUUAGCCAACUUAACUAGCAACCAAGUGCCUACUGAUCCUGGCUUCAUGCCCCUGCAGCAGUCGCCAGCGAGCGCCUUUUUCGUGAACCACAACCAGCAGAAUGCCAUGCAGUUGCGGCACAGCAUGGAGGGGAAGCUGCGCAACAUUCGCAACAUGGAGAUGAGGGUGGCCAAGAUUCAGGAAAUCUUCGACUCGAUGCACCUUAGCAGCUCCAAUGGAGUGCCUCCCGCUCGCCAAGUCCCGACAAACGACAGCAACAACCAGCCCAAUCCCCAGCUGGAGAGGGAUUUGCAGUUGUUCAGCAGUCGUCUGAGCAAGAAGCUGCAGAAGGCAACCCACUUGGUUCUGGAACUGCGCGAACUCUUUCUCUACAACCUCACCAAGGUCAGGCAAUACAGCUACGACGACGAGGAUGAGGAGUCGGAAAGCGAACUGGACCUGGAGAUGGAGUUGGAAGAUCUGCAUGCCAGGAACACGGCUUCACCAUCCACCGAGCAUAUGCCACUCUACUUAAAUAGCCAAAUCGAGAACUGCCAGCCUGACUACGAAGCCGAAGUUGAGUACGGCUCUUCGUCGACCCAAUCAAUUCAUUACAACAAACAGCAGAUCCAAAUCCUUAAUUAUCUGAAAUCGGAUGAUGCACGCGCCCCCUUCUUGAAUGAAAAUAAUGCGCGUUACCUGGCUGUCAAUGGGUACAUAUCUAAUCAAUUGGUUCAACUUAAACGCAGGCUUAGUCGCAGUGAUGCGGAAAACUCGAGUAGCAAGCCUAGCAGCGGCAACCACUUCAAGCAUAUCUACUUUCUGUCCAAUUCGGAUGGAUCCUCCGCUAGCCUGCACUUCCGUAAGCUUUACGUGUCGGCCAUUAAACAGAAAUUUGUGCUCUUUCUCAUCGAUGUGGGAUCCGCUCUGAAUGCGGAGUUGUUUGACCUGACAAAAAGCUUUGUUCAUGAGAUGCUCCAGCUGCUGGAGGAUACGGAUAAAGUUUCGUUGGUUACCGUUUCGAGUGAAGCAAACUUCAUGUCCCUGGAUGCCUCGUCCGCCGAGGCUAGCCACGGAAUUUACAGUGCUACUCGGGCCCACAAGGAGGAGAUACUAAACUACAUCAACAACCUGAGCCGGGCACAAGCUUUUACGAAUCACUCUUUGGGAUUUGAGUAUGCCUUCGGGUUGCUCCAUCGACUGCAGCAAUCGGGAAUGAUUAACACGGCAGAGCAACCAGUGGAAUUUGUCUAUGUUACGCGUGGUCUUCUGACUAAUUUAUCUGAUGCGAUGGCAGUUCUACGGGUGGUGGCAGAGGGUCAACGACGGCUCAGGGCUCCAGUGAUCAUCAACACAUGCGCCGUGGUACUGGAUGAAAAACGGAUUAUGUACGAAAAGCAAUUCCUUAACGAUGUGGCCACCCAGAAUUACACCAAGUACGAGAUUGAUGUGGCCAAUUGGUGGCCAAGUGGGCAGCUGGCAUCUCAGAUGGCUGGUCGCUUCUUUGUGCUUAGCAAAAUGCACGCCGAGACGUCGCUUCCGCAGACAAGUGCGCGGAUCUUUGGGCAGCUCUUUCAAGAGCGAUAUUUGAGCGACACACUGGAGGUGCAUCCUCCGGUAGUCGACGCAGAAAGCGGAGAUGUUCUCGUCUCUAUCACACAUGCAGUUCCAUCAUAUGGGGUUGUGGGCGUAAACUUGUACCUGGCAGAUCUGCUAGAGGAUCUGCUUAACUAUCCCAGUGCUGUAUCUAGUGCCAAGCAGGGCAGUGGCUAUGCAUUUCUCCUGGAUCGCUCAACAGGAAACACGCUAGCCCACCCGGCCUUUCCUCGGCCACUCAUUCAGCGUGAGACUUCAUACCCGGUAAACAUCGCUUACCUGGAAAACGCCACGGACUUUUCUAGCCUCAUACGGGAGCGUCUACUGCAUGAGGAGAGCGGCAACGCCACCACGGAUGUCUACGUGGGCAGCCAAAGGCUUCAGCGUACCUACCACUGGCAGUCUGUUCUAGGGAUUUAUGUACUGUGCCUGGUUAGCAGUGGAGGUGAUACCCUGCGCAAUAUUUCCUCCACGCAACGAUUUAACCUGAAGGACACCGUGUCCAACUACGAGCCUGGCUACUACGGGGAGAGCAUGGACUUGCUGUACCAUCGUUUGGACCUCAAUCAGGGCGGCAGCGUCCAACCCAAGAUCUGUCGCUACUUCAGGCAAAUGGCCACAAUGGAUGCUCCCACUUUGUUCCUCAGUGCUGCCGCCUUCGAGUCUCCGUUCGGAUUCCUGCACAACAAUAGGCCUCGAACCCAACUGCGGCAUGUGGAGUCAAUAAUGGCCUAUCUUCGCGACUCCAGUGGCCUUCUGGCCAAUAUGGGGCUGCGUCCCAGCAUACGGCAUGAGGUGAGUGUGCUCUACCAGGCGAUGCAGCAGUUACGACGGCGGCACCAGGAUGCAAGAGGAUCAUUGCGUAGCUACAUCAUCCGACGGUACAUGGCCAGUGUGAGUGGCGUGCUGCAGCUGUACCCAGGAUGCCUACUUAGCAGUAGCUACGAUCCAACUCGGAGACCUUGGUUUCGACAGGCAAUGGCCCAGCCUGGCAAGAUUGUAAGCACAGCUCCGUAUUUGGAUGCAGGAGGAGCGGGAUACAUUAUUACCAUUGCACACACCAUCUUUGAGGGCAAGGCCCAUGCGCUGCACUCCGUCCAGCAGGACAGACCAGUGGCAGUGGUGGCUCUGGACGUUCCUUAUGCCUUCUACUAUCGUCUGAUCCUGGAAGGCACUCCGAUCUGCCAGUUGCCGCAUAUGAAGUGUCUGCUGUUCGAGCACGAAGGAUAUCUGCUGGCCCAUCCCAGCAUGUUGCAACCCGCCACGCCCACAAGAAAUCAGCGGCGUCCACACGAGCACCUCACGCACAAGGAAUCGUACUUGGCCAACGACGUGCUCAAUCACGGCCAAUUGGUAAGGAAACUGGGCUGUGCCAGUUAUCAAAACCGUACUCUGCAGCGUUACUACGCAUUCAACACAUCACUAACCACCAUCCUGGGCAACGUAGUGCACGGCGAACGAACCAAGUACGCGAUUGCUCUGAUACGGGGUAGCAACCUCUUUGCUGCCGUACUUAACUCCAGUUGCGAUGGCGGAGCCUUUUGUCCAUGCAGCACAAUUGACCGGGAGUGCCUCAACUGCAAGCGAAUGGAUCAAACGGACUGCGAGUGCCCAUGUGAGUGUCCCAUGGUGGGGGACAGCAGCUCGCCAUCCUCUCUCGUCUACUUUGCCAAUUACACGCAACAGUUCCCCUACUGUCCUCCACCAAGUGAGCAUUUUAUUGCACUGCCACCGACCACACAGCUACUCAGUGCCCUGCCCAGUUGUCCCGGAUCUGCAGGCACCUGUGAAACGUACUCCACGCAACGGGAAUGCCUCGGAGUUAUGGGCUGCGAAUGGUGUCAGCAGGAUGUAGACGGAAACAGUUUUUCCACCGCCUUCUGUUCGUCGCAGGCAAGCUGCUUCAAUGGAGUGCUUGCAUCCCUCACGCCCUAUGGCGAACUGGACGAGCUGGAACUGCUGGCUGCUCACAAUCCACAGAGGGAGCAGCACGCCUACUCCGCCUUUGGGCCGCUGGGAGGAGCCAUUGUGGUGCUCGCCAUGGUAAUAGGGUUUGCCAUUUACUGCUACAGGCACAAUCUGGAUGCCCAGACGCAGGAACAAUUCUAUGUGGAUUCGGUGCAGGAGGAGAACUACGGUCUUCCGUUGUCCCGAUUCAACUUUGACGAUUGCAAGGCGCAUGAUGAACCGCCUCUAGGUGGAGGCUAUGACCACGCAUCUGCACAACGGCAGCUCAUGCAUCCGGCGGAUAUCUCGCCGUACCAUGUUUCCAGCGGCAGUAGCUACCGCCGGCCUCCCAACGGGGAGUCGGACCAUGGCUACAGCACGAUGACGCCGCACGAGGACAGCUCCGACCAGCAAUGCUUCACGCUGGCGGAACCUCUCCUGCUGCACGACAAGCGGCACAGCAAGUCGGACACCAUGUCCAUAUCCACCUCCAUAUCGAGUCCCACGAAUCGGCAGCAGUCCUCCACGCAGCCCAACACGCAUCCGUACUUGAGUAAUCAGCCGACCUCGAAGACGGAGCGCUACAAGCAGGUGCAGGCGACGCCCUCGCCAUGUCGCGGACCGCCAGCAGGUGUGGGUGGUGUCUACGGGCAGACCACGUUGCCCCUCGAGGGGGAUGAGUCCCGGCCACACUACAUCCUGGCUCCCGUCACGGUGCACCGGCAUAUGGAAACUGCCGAAUCGUAGUCCACAUAGCGUUGUUAAGUUUUAGAGCGUAAGAUGUCCGCUUGUUUGCCAAUUUAGUUAUGUAAGUUUCCAAACGGGCAGUUCAACUGCCGCCAGUCCAGAUUGAGGGUCCGCAUUCCAGACAUGCUAUGGCCUUAGGCAGCUCGCGAUGGACUCCAGUUCCGGCCCAUCUGUAUCUAUUAGGGCCUCUGAGUACGGGUCUAACACCAACUAUUAAGUGAUGACAUUGUUUCUGCCAUUUUUGAUCGAUGUAUUGUAUUGUAUUUUAGUGUAAUUUAUUGCAAAAAGUAUUACUAUAUUAUGUGCACCUAUAUACUUCCGAUAUUUUUAGCAUUUAUUUUAUAAGCACCAACAACAGAAAUGUACUUACUUGUCUGAUUGUAAGAUACUACGUCGUAUACCGUUUUUUGUAAUAGAUCCUAAGUACACAAAGUUACUAACUACCGAUUUUAGUACUACACAUCUAUAAUAGCAAUGUACGUUUCAAAUAAAAUGUUUAAAUUUUGCAAG